AUGGAUCUCAAGGAAAGCCAGAGAAAGAAAAAGAGCUUGAUGGAGUGGACGCUAGUGUUGUUGAAUUGCUUGGCCUUAUGUAUUGGCACCACUGCAGGGCCAUUGUCACUCAGGUUUUACUUCAUCCAUGGGGGGUCUAGUAGAUGCCUGUGUUCCUGGCUAGAAACUGCAGGGUGGCCCAUUCUUAUUCUGCCUCUCUGCAUAAUAUACAGAAGGCAGCCAGAUGUUCAACAUGUUACCCUCCACCAAUGCCUUGCUUGCUGUGCUAUUGGGCUCAUCACAGGGGUGGAUGAUUAUAUGGAUGCUUGGGGAGUGUCAUAUCUGCCUCUCUCUACAUACUCCUUGUUGAAUGCCACUCAGCUUGCCUUCAAUUCAAUCUUUGCAUUUCUCUUGGUACCUGGGCUCUAUGGAUUAGUCCUUCCCAUCAUUGAACUUGUGUACAAGAGAAGCAAGUGCAGAGUAAUAUAUACUCUGGUUAUGGAGAUGCAGCUCAUAAUGUCAUUUUCUGCAACUGUGUUGUGCACAAUUGGUAUGGUAGUGAACAAGGAUUUCGAGACCGUUGCAAGUGAGGCGAGGGCAUCUGAUAUUGGGGAAGCUAAGUUCUACAUUGCUUUAGUAUGGAAUGCAAUCUCAUGGCAGCUCUUCUUCAUUGGGGUGUUUGGUGUGAUCUUUCUAAUUUCUUCUCUGCUAAGUGGUAUCAUCAAAACUGUGUUUAUUCCAGGGACGCAAGUGUUGGCAGUUAUUAUAUAUCAUGAGAAUUUCAGCGGGGAGAAGGGCGUUGCUCUGAUACUGGCCUUAUGGGGUUUUGCCUCAUAUUUAUGUGGAGAGUAUUUGAAAUCCAAACAGCCGGCCAAUGUCACAGAGACUAUUUGCCAUCACUGUGAAUUGUCAGGAACCAAGGAAGAAAAAUCUGAGGUGGCGGUUAAAGAGAAAAACUAUUUGAAAUCCAAACAGCCGGCCAAUGUCACAGAGACUAUUUGCGAUCACUGUGAAUUGUCAGGAACCAAGGAAGAAAAAUCUGAGGUGGCGGUUAAAGAGAAAAACUCUAAUGUUGUAAUUCCAUAA